AUGGAUUCUGUGGUGAACAAGUACGUACGUAAAUGGCUUGAAAUACCUAUAUCAGGAACUCUAUCUAACGUCUACCUUACCAGUAACAAGUUUGGUCUAAAUAUCUACCCGCCGUCAAUUAAGUUUGCUCAGUGCCAAACAGUUGCUCGUAACGCCUUAAAGACCUCUCCAAAUCAUUCCAUAAAAGACCUCUGGAAAACAACAUCUGAAAGCAAAAACAUUCAGUACGACGUUUACACCUCGACAAAGGAAGUCCUUAAAACUUUUACGUCCGGACAAGAAGACAAACUGCAGAAUCAUCUGAUUUUGCAAGGCUCCUUCUUCUCAAAUGUCAUUACGUUUUCACUGUCGAAAUUAAACGGCAUAUGGUCUAAAUCACAAUCAAACCUCCCAAAGAACAUCUAUAACUUCACCAUUCGUUACAUCAAUAACUCACUUCCAACUCGUAAAAACCUUACUAAAUGGGGAAUAUUGUCCAACUCUGAUUGCUCCUUCGGCUUAAACCCUGAAACCCUUUUACACGUAGUUGCUGGAUGUCAAACGUAUCUCCCACGAUUUACAUGGAGACAUGAUUCUGUUCUGAACUUCAUAGCACAAACGCUACAACCUGUAAACAACUCCAAUCUUUUCGUCGAUCUUCCUGGUUACAAAAGCCCAUCAAUUGUAACUGGUGACACAUUCCGCCCAGACCUACUUCUAUCUAUCAACUUGGAUUGUCUCUAUAUCCUUGAACUUUCUGUUGGUUAUGAGUCUAAUCUACAAACAAAUGUUGAUCGGAAAAGAAGAAGAUACAAAGAUCUCAUUACACAGCAAAAGAAACAAUUUAAGUCCGUAAAAUUUGUCAAUUUGUCAAUUAGUUCUUUAGGCGUCUUCUCAAAAGAAUGUCAUUCCUUUUUAGAUAUGUUAAAUGAUCUAGGUCUUGAUAAAAGACACCAACAUUUUGCUAUCAGGAAAAUUAUGUCUAUCGCGAUUAGGACAACAUAUUAUAUAUUUUGUUGCAGAGAUAAGGACUGGUCAAAUCCGGAAUUACUGAACAUUUAA